AUGUUUAAAAUUAAUAUCCGUCCAAAGAGCUUUUUUGAAGGAGUAAAUCCAUCCCUAGAGAACAGCAGGAAUUUAUAUAAUAAAAUUAGGUAUGAGGAAUUAUCAAGCUCUAUUAUGGAUCCAAUAGUAGUAAAAAGAAUUAAUGAAAUUGUUGAUGGUGUCUUUCAAGAUAUUUCGCUCAAUGAGUAUUUUGAACACAAAGAGGAGCAAUGGGAGGGGAAGAAUUUUAAUGAAGAUUUCGUUGAUGAGUUAGAUGUUGUUAAGCCAUCAUUGGUAAAGUCAGUUCAAUCUAGAAUUAACUAUAUUCCAAAAAUUUUAAAAUUGGUUGAUGAAAUGGAUAGAGAGGGGCUUCUUUGGUUUAGAAAAGAAUUUAUUAUUGCCACAGAAAAAGCAAAUAGAUAUGAAUCAAUAAUUACACAAAAUCAAAAUAAUAAUAAUAUUAAUAACAAUAAUAAUAAUGAUCCUUAUUUAUUUAUAAAUCAAUCAAGUCCGGUUAUUGAAAAAUCACCGAAGAUUAAAUCAAAUUUUCCCUUGAAGCAGAUUGCAUUAUCAAGAUUAAAUAAAAAUUUUACAAACUUUAUAAAGAAAGCAGAACCAGAUAAAUAUUCAGCUUUAUUAAAAUUCCAAAGAAAUGGUUUAGUAUCUGAUUUGAGAGAACAAGUUGAUAUUUAUAUGGGCGAUGCUGAUUUUAAAAAGCCAUUUAAAUGGGCAAUAAUGGGUAUUUCACCUAAAUCUACCGAAAACCAUUUAGCCAAUUGCGGUUUCAACGAUAUCUCUACUAAAGAGAAGUAUUCAUCAAAGUUGUGUCAUAGAUGUGUAAAGAAUAGCCACGAAAUAGUUCACAGUAUUUUAGAUGAUCCUUUCAUUUGUGUAGACAAAAUCAAACCAAUCAAACCCGGGCAAUUUCUUACCAAGUAUAAAGGUUCUUAUUCAGUCCUCCAUUGUUUAUUAGAAAAAAAAUUCCCAUGCCAUAAGUUGUAUUGCUUCACUUAUGAUCAUCAUAGAGAAAUUUAUGAUAGAAAUGAUGUAUCUAGUGAAAGGGGGGAGAGUAGCAGCAGCAGAGGCAAUAGUAGAAGCAGCAGUAGAAGAAGUAAAAGCAGCAGUAGAAGCAGCAGUAGUAGCAGGGACAGUAGCUCUGAAGAUAGUGAAGGUGAAGAAAUUAAUUACCACUUCCAAGAUUGA